AGAUCCGACGGUCAGACAAGCGUAAUAAAACCCCUCGCGCCGGUUCCCAGGCACACUCCACGCGAGAGAACCCUAGUCCUAGUUCCUCUUUGUCUCGCCCUCUCUCCGCCAAUCUGCGACCAUGCCGUUCAAGCGAUACGUGGAGAUCGGGAGGGUUGCCCUCGUGAAUUAUGGGAAGGAUUACGGCAGACUCGUGGUCAUCGUCGACGUUGUUGACCAGAACCGAUUGUCAUUUGAAAAUUUUUAUCAGGCUCUGGUUGAUGCCCCUGACGUUGUUCGAGGACAAAUGAAUUUUAAGAGGCUUUCCUUGACUGAUAUUAAGAUUGACAUUCCUAGACUUCCUAAGAAGAAGACCUUGAUUGCUGCCAUGGAAGCUGCAGAUGUGAAGAAUAAGUGGGAAAAUAGUUCAUGGGGAAGGAAAUUGAUUGUUCAGAAGAGGAGAGCUGCCUUGAAUGACUUUGACAGGUUCAAGGUCAUGUUGGCAAGGAUCAAGAGGGGUGGUGCCAUCCAGCAAGAGCUUGCAAAACUGAAGAAGCAGAACGCAUCCUGAGGUGCAAGGGGGAUAGGUUUUGUGGAUUUUGUUGGAUAUUGCUUGUGACGCUUCAGCUAUUGCAACUUUACUUUUGAUUAUUGUUCCAAAGCCAAAACUUGGGGGAUCUUUUAGAAGGGACGCUGUCAGAGAUUUUGUCUAGAUAUUUGCAUUUUUAGGAGAAUUUUUUUACCAAUUGUGUUCUUUCACCAUGGAUUGUCUACAGGUAACUAAUUAUUUUGUUUGCAAUAUUAUGCUUUUCCCUGUUUCUGGACCUUCAGUCUGGAUUGAGAGUAUUGUGAGGACCAAA